AUGGCUGCACAACAACAAGAACUAGAUGAGAAGAACCCAUUCUAUGAGUUAGUAGUCAUUUGUAGUACUUCGGGUCAAUUUGACCAAACCGUCAAUUCGUUCAAAGAUAUUAUAAAGAAGUCUAAGUUAGUAUGUAUAAAAGACUCUGAGUUGUUAGAUUGGAUAAAGAAGUACCAAGGAAGAGUUUUGAAGUAUAAUGCUAUAAAUGAGUAUAUAAAUUCGAAGUUUAAAGACCCAAAUGAGGAAAUGCAGAGAAUAUUAGAGAAGAAACACUUCAGAAACAAACAGAAAGAGAUAGAAUACAUUUCGAAGAAAUUGCAAUCGUACGAUUGGAAAACGUACCCUCAUAGGUGUCUUCUUAUCUUAGAUGAUUUCGCCUCUCAUCCUUUGUUAAAGAAUAGAGAACAAGAUAUGUGUCGAAUUCUUAAGAAGCUCAGACACUUUAACAUCUCAGUUGUCAUUUGUGUACAGACAGCAAAGAGUUUAAGUAAGGAUGUUAAAAGAAUACUUACUGACAUAAUACUUUUCCCCGGAUUGUCCGAAGACGAUUUCAUGGAACUUAUGAAAGAGUCCAUGGCAGGUAAGUUUGACAGACAUGAACUCUGGAAGAAGUAUAAAGUCAUACAAGACCCUUAUACUUCUUUCAGAAUUCAUAUCUACGCAAACAAAGUUCAAAUUGUAAAAAGUCAAGCUUGA